AUGUGCGCGUGGACCGUGGCAGGAAUUUAUGUGAUUGAAAAUGGUGGCAAAAAGUCAUUCAUCCGGCUCGGGGCGCACCACUGGACCGAUGCGCAGGACGAUGGCCUGUGGUCAAGCAUUUUGGAGGAGUACACGGUCGGAUUGGACGGCGCCAACAGCAGUGCGGGUCCGAGGGAAAGUCGGGUAAUGCAGGCCGCCCCAAAGUACAUACCCACCUCCAGUUUCUACAUCAACAAGCGCAUCGGCGAACCGCUCGAGGUGGACGGACAUCAGCAUCCGGCGCCGCUGCACCCCAACAACCGGCUACCGUCGCCGAUGGGGAAAGUGAUCGCCACUGCCGGUGGCGCCGGUGCCCUGUUCGGUGACAAUCAGCUGAGCGGAGGAAACGGUGGUGGUGGCGUGAGUGGAGCCACCUUCACACCCAUGCGCCAGACGUUCGGUGGGGCCAGCCCCACCGAGCUGCUGACUUCGCCCCGCGAAGUCUCCGAGACGGACCUGUAUCUGCUCGGCGCGAUCGAGAAGCUCGUCUACCGGGUGGACUACAUGGAGAAUCGGUUGAGGCGCGCCGAACAGAUCAUCUACUUUCUGAUGGCGGGCAACAACCAGAAACACGAGCCGUGUCCGCAGAACUUUACGCAGGUGCACGAUCGGUGCUAUCACUUUGACAUCGAGCGCGGCUUGAACUGGAAGUCGGCCAGCACGAUGUGCAAAUCGUACGGCGCGCACCUGGCCGAGUUCGAGACGGUGGCCGAGUUUCAGGACGUCGUCGCGUACAUACUGAACAACCCGGUGAACCGCGGCAAGGACUUCUGGCUCGGUGGCCUCAACCCGGGCCUGCUGUGGAUAUGGGCGAACUCGGCCAAACCGGUCAACCCCAACACGAACCUGAGCUCCAUCACGAGCACCACCAGCCGGCCACCGAGGACCGGGCACGGCACGACCACAGCACGUCCUUCCACUGUUACAUCGGGCGGAGCUGCUGGUGACUCUUCGCCGAAGCAGGACACGAAGAUUGUGAACAACGCGUCGAAGCAUCCGACGCUGGAGAUAACGGGCAGCGGACGGUGCCUGCGGUUGGCGUACAACUCGGGGCUCUACACUUACGGCUACCGCGGUGACGACUGUUCCGCGCAGUACAGUUACGUCUGCGAGCUGAAGGACAAAUCGCUCGACAACGAAAUCUCUCGAAUAGCGAAGGAACUGAAGCUGCCGGAACUUUCGUAA